GUAGCAUAGGGUAAACUUUUGGUCAGUACCUGGCAGCACCGUCAGCUGAGAGGUGACUGACUGCUUGACGUUGUGUAGCUUGCUCGGUAUUCGUUCUUGUUUAACAUUUUAAGAAAUUCAGAGAAACAGUGCAUACAAUAAUUUUAGUUCACAGUCAAGAUAAACGUCCGCCACAAUGAGUGAACUAAGUCAGGAGGAGAUACGGAGACGGAGACUGGCGCGGCUGGCGGCGCUGAGCGGGCCAGGCAGUGCUGCGCCCGCGAGCCCGCCCGCCACUCCUGGCGCGUCCGCGCCCCUGCCCGAGCUGCGCGCCAGCCCGCCUGCGCCCUCCACGGAGCCCAGCACGCCGGAGGACAUCGCAAAUGCCAACAAACAGCCAUUCUAUUCAGAUGGAGUUAAGAAGAGUGAUGAUCAGACAGAGAUACCCGCUGAUGGUUUAAUUGUUACAGAAAAGACAGACAAUAAUUUACUAGAUGAGAUGCCAGACACAAAAAUGACAGAUUUGUCUCAGACGAGGCAGUAUAGUUUUGAUUCUAUGGGUGAAGAUACACUAGUUAGUUGUGGUUCAGUGCGGGUGGGAAGCUCUCCGCGACCUACUGCAGUAGAGCAAGGCACGCCACGGGAGGACAGCACCUCCCGGUCGAUAUCUCCAGCACAGUUUGUUGAGCCGUCACCAGUACGGCCACGGCCUAGCAAUGCCUCACCAAGCUGCUCUAGACGUUCCCUCUCAAUGGAAGUGGAUGAUGUAUCAGAAAGGAAUUCCCAGUCUGAGCAACAACAGGAGCCCAUGGAGGUGGAAGACAAUGACUCGACCGCGUCGCCGGCACGAAAGAUCUCCCGGUCCCGGACGGUCAGCUGUACAGAACUGACGGAGGAGCAGCUGCGGACCAUCGUCGGCAAGAUCCUCCAGGUGUCAUGGUCAGAAGACAGUGCUGGCGGUAUUUACGUACCUUCAGUCGCGGCGUCGCUGCUCGACAACCCUAAGCUAAGUUUAGAGGAAAUGGCGUCAGAGGCUCUCAUGGACGUCAUCCUCCAGAUAUCCAACGGCGCUGACCCCCUAAACCAAAAACUCAUCGCCGUUUCUGAAACAACCAAAAGACUGAAUGAAGAUUGUGGCGACGACACUUUAACUGGAGGUGGCCCGUUGUCUUCAGACAAUGAUCCGGACAAGUCGGGUUGCCCCGCGCCCUCUUUACCAAUCCCUAAAACGAUCCCCACACAGGGGUUAGCAGUUAGUUACAUAUUAAGAUUCUACAACAAUAUAAACAUAUAUGAAAGAGAGCAUCCAAAGAAGAGUUCGGAGCCGCCUUUGAGUGAUUUCUUACAGAACUUGAGAACUUUGCUUGUGAGUCAGUUAGUGUUAGUGCUGCGAGACAAGAUGGACCUGGAGAAGUGCCGGAAAUCACCGUUGUUGCCAUAUUUACUUAUCGGUAACGCGCCUACCGGGCUGGUGCCAGAAUUAUUGGUCGCCACGUACUUGGAUAAAGAAGUUUUUGAAGACGUGUUCGUGCCGCUGCUGAUGGGCAUCCGGUCCGAGAUGCGCGGCUGCGUGUCGGCGGCCCUGCGCGCGCUGCGCUCGCUGUGCGAGCUGCGCGCCGGGCCGCGGCACGCGCAGCGGCCCGUGUGCGAGCUGGUGGCGCGCCUGCCGGCGCUGUGCCCCGCCGCCGUCACCACCGCGCCCGGCCGCGAGAUCGCGCGCGUCAGCUUCCUCGGCCCCUUCUUCUCUAUAUCGUUAUUCGCGGAGGAAAACCCCCGUCUUGCCGAGCGUCUUUUCGCAACGGGCUCAGGCGACCGCAGCUUAGCCUUCGCGUUACAACUCGAAGUGGAAGCUAGCAGGAAUACGCUUCACAACAUCUGCCAUAACAUCCUGCUGUGCCCUGAUGCGAGGGAGCCUUUCCUAAACUACUUCGCCGCACUACUGCAGAGGAAUGAGCGCAGAGCGCAGUUGCAGACUGACGAGAGAUCGCUGGCCGGUGAUGGUUUCAUGCUGAACGUGUGCUCAGUACUACAGCUGCUCUCCGUCCGCAUUAAGCUGGAGCGAGUGUACCCCUUGUACGCCUUCCAGCCCGACUCAUGGGCUAACGUGCGAGACGAAACGCGACUGUACUUCACGGCGCAAGAGGCUCAGGAUUGGCUCGAUGAACUAAACAAAGACCCGGCGCACAAGUGGCCGGAAGCCAAGUUCCAGACGGUGUGCUGGUUCCUGACGCUGCACAUGCACCACGUGGCGCUCAUCCCCGCGCUGCACACGCACCAGCGCCGCAUCCGAGCAUUCCGUGAUCUUCAGAAGGUGAUCGAGGAGCUGAUGGCCGCCGAACCCCAGUGGCGGAACAGCUUCUCCGCGCUGCGCAACCGCGAGCUGCUGCGGCGGUGGAGGCGGCAGAUCAAGAGACUACACAGAUCCAAGCAAUGCGCGGAGACUGCGCUGCUGGACGGCGAGCUGAUGCGGCGCAGCGUGCAGUUCUACUCCAGCGUGUGCGCGCUGCUGGUGGCGCGCCUGGACGCGGCGCGCCUGCCCGCGGCCGGCGCCGGCGCCGCGCAGGCCUUCCGCGCGCUGCCCGAGUGGUACGUCGAGGACGUCGCCGAGUUCAUGCUGUUCGCCGUGCAAUAUGUACCCCAAGUAGUAGCAGACUACAUCGAGGACCCCAUCAUCACCUGGCUCCUGAGCGCCAUCUGCAACUCCCAUCUCAUCAAGAACCCAUAUUUAGUCGCCAAGAUCGUCGAAGUACUCUUCGUAAUCAACCUCUCCGUGCCAUUGAAGCUAAAGAACGUGUACGAAAAGUUCAUGGACCACCCGAUGUCGCAAACGGCCCUACCCAGCGCUCUGAUGAAGUUCUACACGGAUAUUGAAACGACAGGACAGAGCACGGAGUUUUAUGACAAAUUUACUAUCAGAUUCCAUAUUAGCAUUAUAUUGAAAGGAAUGUGGGAGCGGCCUAUUCACAAACAAGCCAUAGUGAAGGAGUCCCGGUCGGGCCGGCAGUUCGUCAAGUUCAUCAACAUGCUAAUGAAUGACACCACUUUCCUUCUCGAUGAGUGUCUCACGUACCUGAAACGCAUCCACGAGGCGCAGGAGAGCCCGGCGAGCGGCGCGGCGGGCGAGGCGCGCGCGCGUGCGCUGGCGCAGGACGAGCGCCAGUGCCGCUCCUACCUCACGCUCGCUAGAGAAACAGUGGACAUGCUGGAGUACCUGACGGUGGAGAUCAAAGAGCCGUUCCUGCGCGCCGAGCUGGCCGAGCGGCUUGCCUCCAUGCUCAACUUCAACCUGCAGCAGCUGUGCGGGCCAAAGUGCAAGAACCUCAAGGUCCGACGGCCAGAGAAAUACGGGUGGGAGCCACGGCGGCUGCUCUCGCAGCUCGUGGACAUCUACCUGCACCUCGACUCGCCGCCCUUCCUCGCCGCGCUGGCCGCUGACGAGGUAACCUCCUACAUACAAUACGGGUGGGAGCCACGGCGGCUGCUCUCGCAGCUCGUGGACAUCUACCUGCACCUCGACUCGCCGCCCUUCCUCGCCGCGCUGGCCGCUGACGAGGUAACCUCCUACAUACAAUACGGGUGGGAGCCACGGCGGCUGCUCUCGCAGCUCGUGGACAUCUACCUGCACCUCGACUCGCCGCCCUUCCUCGCCGCGCUGGCCGCUGACGAGGUAACCUCCUACAUACAAUACGGGUGGGAGCCACGGCGGCUGCUCUCGCAGCUCGUGGACAUCUACCUGCACCUCGACUCGCCGCCCUUCCUCGCCGCGCUGGCCGCUGACGAGGUAACCUCCUACAUACAAUACGGGUGGGAGCCACGGCGGCUGCUCUCGCAGCUCGUGGACAUCUACCUGCACCUCGACUCGCCGCCCUUCCUCGCCGCGCUGGCCGCUGACGAGGUAACCUCCUACAUACAAUACGGGUGGGAGCCACGGCGGCUGCUCUCGCAGCUCGUGAACAUCUACCUGCACCUCGACUCGCCGCCCUUCCUCGCCGCGCUGGCCGCUGACGAGCGAUCAUUCCGCAAGGAGCUGUUCGAGGAGGCGGCCGUGCGGCUCGGCAAGUACAACAUCAAGACGCGCUCCGAGAUCGAGCGCUUCCUCGCGCUCGCUGACAACGCCUACCAGAUCGUAGUGUCGAAUCAACAAAAGAGUGACGAGUUCGCAGACGCCCCAGAAGAGUUCAGAGAUCCACUCAUGGAUACCCUCAUGACUGACCCCGUGCUUUUGCCUUCCGGAAAGGUAAUGGACCGCUCGGUGAUCCUGCGGCACCUGCUCAACAGCUCCACCGACCCCUUCAACCGGCAACCCCUCACCGAGGACCAGCUGCGUCCAGCGGCCGACCUAAAAGAGAGAAUCAUCCAAUGGCAGCGCGAAAAGAAAGGUUCGACAUCGCAAGGUCCUUAAGCCAACAAACCAAGUCUGAUGUAUAUAUCUACCGUAUCGCAUAUAUAAAGACUAUUGACUGGAUAUUUCCAGAAGGACUAUUGUCCGUAGCAUGAAUGUGAGAUUAUUCUAAGUAUGGUGUAUCCUGUGUCAUGCUGUUCCGACUAAACCCCCAUCGUUUAGUUAGUCGACAAGCUUGUCAAACAUCUGAUCGCAGUUAGGUAAACUGUUGGCGUGUAGCUUUGUAUCUUGACAUCACAUAUAUCAAAGGCCUAAAUUCUCAGAUAUUACCUAUUUGCUCAUAUUUGUGGAAUCUUGACUUGAGUAUCCUUCUAGUAGGUGCUCGUUUAUUCUAACCCCAAUAUGUCGAGUAAGGCCUCGUCGAGUAGCAAUAUGGUAAUAAUGGUAGGCGUCAUGUUCUGUAAGUUAGAAACCUUCACGCAAGUCGCGACUAAUAACCACAAUUAGCUCGAUUGAAAACUCUUCAUUGGUGUAACUAAUGACUUACUUUCAUUGUGCAUUGUGCAAUAAGGCAGUGUCGCCAAAAUUGUUAACGAAAGUUUAAUAUAAACUCUACGACGCCACCUGGAGGGUUUUUAUGACUUGAGUUUGUAAUUUGAAUAGCGCCCGUGUUACACACAACGUUUUUCAUCACACUUGCGAGGAAAUGAUAAAUAUUGGUCCGCCUUUUUUCUAUGUGAAAUAUAGAGCCAUUCGGCACAGAUAAAUUGACAAACAAUUGUAUUUUCACUGUAAAGCUUAUUUUACAAAAACAUAUUCGGCAUCCGUGGUUCGCAUGACAGGGUGAACAUCUCAACACAAAUCUCUUGGGAGUCAUUUAAUGUAUUACUCCCUGCGCGCCUGAGAGAAAAUGCUCCUUUUACAGGCAAGUGUGAUGAAAUAUGUAUUUAUGUAAUACUAUAUGGAAUGUUCAAGACUUAUUUUGUGCAAAAUUUUAUUACUAUUUGCAUAUAGUGAUAUUAUGUUUAGUCUUUGUUAGCAUGAAUUUAUAUCUCAAAUAUGACAAUGGUGUAAUUUUGUUCCUUUACCCCUUAAUUAUCAUUAUCAGCUUUCGAAAUGGUUUUCAUUUAAGAAUGUUACAAUUACGUAGAUAUUUAGUUGAUCUGCAUAAUAAUAGGCAAUAUUUAUAAUAGUUCAAAUUAGCAAAAGUCCUGCUCACUGCCACUAAAUUAUUUUACCAUAUAAUUCUGGUCAAACAUACCUAAAUGAAACCCAUUUUCUGAACAUAAUGGUCUCAUCUGUAUUAUAAUUUGAUUUGUAUUUAUCUUUAUAUUAUUAUAAAGAUUCUAUGAUAAAGGUCUCUUUAUGUUGAUAUAUCAAUAAAAAAUAAUAAAUGUA